AUGACUUUCCAGGAGUAUAAAUCUACUCCUAUAGAUAUACCAAGAAAGCGAAAGCACCAUCACCAAGACCAUGACGGCAGAUCUGGUCAAUGUAAUCCUCGAAUUUUUCGAGAAGAUAAGGAAGACCACUCAGCGGGAUUUUCAAAAUACCGUAGCAUCAUGUAUGAAGGGGAUACAGCGGUAGAGAGUCGACUAAAGGAGACAAGUCUCGGGACUGAAACGCGCAGAACGAACGGCGAAAGGCUGGGCAGUGUAGAAUUUGGUGGAAGUUUAAGUCUGGCGAAAGAUAUCUUGACUAGUAUGGACAAUGAGGAACUCGACGAAGGCAUAAUGGCGGAUACCGAAGAUAUUAAUGAAUCAGCCUGGAGGAAACAUCAAUCGAGGUGGUGCAAAAACAAGCAUAAAUUGAAAGUGGCUAAGACGAUUGAAGUGAGACCUGCAGUCAUUACUGAUAUGGAGACAUGUGGUUGA